AUGGACUUGUGUUUUAGUCUGAACAAACUGUCUGUCUGUCUUUACAAUCAGCAUGUACCGGACACUCCCGCACGAUCAAUCGACAUCACAGCUGUGAAAGCGGUUCAGGCGUUGGCCCCAAACAUGUGUCAAUCGACUGUUUUUGUGUGCGCCAUUUUGGCCGCGCUUUUCGCCGUCGCCGCAUCAAACAACUGCAAGACGCUUCAAAUUCAAGCUAACGGGGCUCUAACAAACGGCACGUAUACCAUCCAGAACAGCGACGGACAGUCUUAUAAAAUCUACUGUCAGUUCUACGACGGCUACGGAUACACGUUCCUUUCCACCUCAACCAACGUCAAUGUCGACAUGUCCUCCCUAUAUGACGACACAUCGCACGUGAUCAUACGUCACAAGCGUUCAAGCGGCGUCCAGUACACAUCCACAAUGGCUCAGUUGGGAACAUUUUCCUCUAAUCCAGUCUCGGUGCAAUAUUCGGGACACAGCGGGUACCAGGGGCCGAAUAACACUGCUAUGGCGCCGUACAUUUUCGUCGGUUUCAUUCCGCAAUCGUUGAACCGUAAAGAUGAUUUGCAGGGAUGGAAAGUCAACGGCGAGGAUCUGACCUUCAACAACUGCGAUGGGAAUCCCAACAGCUACAUCGCUUUCUUCUUCAAUCCUUCUGGACAAAAUUAUACGGACUACGUCGGGGGGCACAACAAACUAAUGUACCAGUGGUAUGACGGCGCCUCUGCUGUCGCUCAGUCCGAGUACCUCCUUGACGAGUUUUUCGCCAACUAUCACGAGGUCCAUCAGGGCGGCUGCGGCGGCUACAGUCGAGGCUCGAACGUACCGACCGGGGGAGCGGUGGGGAUGAAAUUUAGUAACGUUAGAAUGCGCAGUUCCGGCGGAGGUCGCGGGCGCGCAAAUGACAUACCAGGGAACUUAUAUCGGUCACACCUCGACGUAUUCGUGUGUCUCCGGAUAUCAACACACGGAUGGCGAUCUCUCUCGUACCUGCAGCGGAAGUGGCGCCUGGUCCGGCUCAACACCCGUAUGCGGAAGUGA